AUCGUUGUACGGGACCUCUGUGGGAAUUCAUAUUCCUGUGGCUCACAAGUAAUUUUUAAUUUUUUGUUCAGUAGGCAAGAUAUCGCUUCUGACAUCAUUGCUUACUACGUGUGAAAUCCUGUGAAUGAUCAGAGAUCACAUGGUACAAGGCUAUUCACAACAGCCUUGUACCAUGUGACAAGCUGUGACCAAUCACAGCUCACAUAGUAUUUCUCAAUGGCUGCAAGAUUGCAGCCAGAGAGAAGGAGAAAUUAUUGCUU